GUGGAAUGUGCGACGCACAUUGUGCAGCCCUCUGUCUGGCUGAGGGUCCAGGCUGUUCCGCCAGUAGCUGACUGUUCUCACUCUUUCAAGGAAGCCGUUCCUCUAUCUUUGGUGCUCGCUCACUUAUUCCAUUGGCUGUCGCUGAAUCGUGACCCUGCUGCAGGAUGUCCUCGACCCCCCUCCUUUUCACCACCCUGCCCCCCUUUCACUCAGUCAGCCCGGGAUUCCCAUCAAUGGGGCCCAACACCACCACUUGCCAAGAGUGGGAGCAGACCCACCAUCUUCUCUUCCAUGUGGGGAACUUGUCCCUGCUGCUGGGCCUGCUCAUCCCCACCACGCUUAGUCUGCAUAUGAUCCUGCUGCGCCUUCUUCUGGUGACAGGGUGUGGCCUCUUCAUUGCAUGGGCAACACUGUACAGAUGUAACAUGGAUGUGAUGGUUUGGAACGUGGUUUUCCUGGUGGUCAACUUCAUGCACUUGAUGUUCCUCUUGUACAAACGCAGGCCGAUUAAAAUUGACAGGGAACUGAGGUCAGUGUACAAGCGGAUGUUUGAGCCCCUACAUGUGAACGAGGCUCUGUUCCAGAGGCUCACAGGCCAGUUCUGCACCAUCCAGACGCUCAAGAAAGGGCAAGCCUAUGCUGCAGAGGACAAGACCUCUGUGGAUGAACGACUCAGCAUUCUGCUCAAAGGAAAGAUGAAAGUGUCCUACCGAGGCCAUUUCCUUCACAACAUCUAUACCAAUGCAUUCAUUGACUCCCCAGAAUUUAGGUCCACUGUCAUGCACAGAGGCGAGAAGUUCCAGGUAACCAUUAUGGCAGAGGAGAACUGUAAGAUCCUGUGUUGGUCUCGAGAGAGACUCACCUACUUUCUGGAGUCCAACACGUUUCUUAAUGAAGUGUUCAGGUACCUCAUUGGAAAAGACAUCACCAACAAGCUCUAUUCCCUCAAUGACCCCACACUCAGUGACAAGGCAGUGAAGAAGAUGGAUCGCCAGCCCAGCCUCUGCUCUCAGCUAUCAAUGAUGCAAAUGAGGAACAGCAUGGCCAGCACUAGUGAUAGUGAUGAUGUCCUUAAUCAAAUCCUGAGAGGAGGAUCUGCUGGCUCUUCUCUCCAAAAAUCACCUGGUGUCAGGACCUCCUCAAAGAUGAAGCCAAUUGAGGAAGGCAUGGAGGAUGAUGUUUUUGUUGAGUCUCCCCUCUCCAAGCCAUGCCGCCUGUCCAGCACCUCCACCGAGGAAGUAUAACCUGGGGAAAAUACACUGGCCGAAACAAAACAACUAGUAUCCAAGGUGAUACUAUAUAUGAUCAAAGUCAACAAAUAAGAAUAAAUGAAAUAGUUGAGAUCAUAUGCUUUGUGAUAUACUGUACUUGUAGCGUGUGGAAAUGUUUACAAAAUUGUCACAAUUCUAUAAUGAA